CGAGGCCCCUCCCAUCACACAGAACCCCAGCGCGCGGCCGUCAAUGGCACGUCACCUGUCUCUAACAUGUAGCUAGAAACUCUAACACUGCUCGAAAUUCAACUCAGAUGACCACCAGUCAGGUCGCACUUAUUUUUUGGUUGAGCCGAAGUGAAACAGCAUGUCAAAGAUGUUCGUUACAGCUCGUAAUCCCAGACGAGAGCCGUUGAGGGCAGACCUGACCGUGUGAAUUUAACCGCAUUAGCUAGCCAGCUAGCUGGGUUUACCUUUAGCUGCGCUAGUCGAAACGCGCUAAUAUCAAUAACGGUCCAAAUAUUUAGAUGUUUAGCGCGUGUGUUCUCGUCAGAAAGGCACAUUUGACGGCCGCCUGGAACGUGGCGUCUACUGGAAGGGUGAUUUGGACAUAAUUAAAAACGUGGCCUGAGGCAUGGGGGCGUUUUUAGAUAAGCCCAAAACAGAGAAAUACAAUGCGCACGGGGAAGGGAACGGCCUGCGCUUUGGCCUCAGCAGCAUGCAGGGAUGGAGGGUGGAGAUGGAGGAUGCGCACACUGCAGCCGUAGGCCUGCCACACGGCUUGGAUGACUGGUCCUUCUUCGCCGUCUACGAUGGGCAUGCUGGCUCGCGUGUUGCAAACUAUAGCUCCAAACACCUGUUGGAACAUAUCGUCGCCGCAGGGUCAGCAGAUGAAUUGCGGAAGGCUGGAGCUCCGGCACCUGAGACGCCAGCCAUAGAAGCGGUGAAGAGGGGUGUCCGCGCCGGCUUCCUGAGGAUCGACGAACACAUGCGCAGCUUCACAGACCUGCGAAACGGCAUGGACCGCAGCGGCUCCACUGCGGUGGCUGUGCUGCUCUCUCCAGAACAUCUGUACUUCAUUAACUGCGGGGACUCGCGGGCCCUUCUGUGCCGCAACGCUCAUGUCUGCUUCUCCACGCUGGACCAUAAGCCCUGCAACCCACGGGAGAAGGAGCGUAUACAGAACGCAGGUGGCUCUGUGAUGAUCCAGAGGGUUAACGGAUCGCUGGCUGUAUCCCGAGCACUGGGUGACUAUGACUACAAGUGUGUAGAGGGCAAGGGCCCCACAGAGCAGCUCGUGUCACCAGAGCCUGAAGUAUUCGAAAUCGCUCGGUCAGAUGCGGAGGAUGAAUUCGUGGUGCUGGCGUGUGACGGUAUUUGGGAUGUGAUGAGCAACGAGGAGCUAUGUGCCUUUGUGCGAUCGAGGCUAGAGGUGACGGAUGACCUGGAGAGAGUGUGCAAUGAGGUUGUGGAUACCUGUCUACAUAAGGGAAGUCGAGAUAAUAUGAGUAUUGUGUUAGUCUGUUUGCCAAAUGCACCCCAGGUGUCAGCAGAAGCGGUAAAGAGAGAUGCUGAGUUGGACAAGUACCUCGAGUCUCGUGUGGAAGAGCUCAUUGAGAAAGCAGGGGAAGAAGGUGUGCCUGAGCUGGCGCAUGUCAUGAGCAGCCUGUCCCAAGAAAGCAUCCCCAAUCUCCCACCAGGGGGCGGCCUUGCCAGCAAGCACAGUGUUGUUGAAGCAGUGUACAACCGGUUGAACCCCCAAAGAGAUGAGGAUGGUAGUGGUGCUGACCUUGAGGACCCGUGGUAGUCAUCCCGCCUGAGGAAAGAGCACCUUUUCUACACAAGACAUCAGUCAUGUUUCUUUUGUUCCAGUGAAACCAAGAGAUUCAACGGACAGUAUUUCAAGAGUCACAACACAAUGGAAACACAGUACAACCAAAAGCAUUACAAACACUUUUUUUUCUAAUGUGAGGGAAAGAAUGGAGUUCCAGUUUUAAAAACAAACUCAAACACGAAAAUAACAAAAUACACAUCAUACAAUAAA